UUCCUUCCCAUCAAAACCUCUAUUCCCUUUCUCUACAACUUCGACCAUCCUUCUCAUCAACCCUCCACGCUGUUAUAAAUUAGGUGAACCGACCGUCUUUACCGUCAACUCGGUCUUGCAUCAACAUUACCAGAAACCACAUAUCUUUUGGAAGAAGAAAAAUUUUGUAAAAGUCACACAAGUGGGGUAUAAGUUAAAUUCUUUUAUUACGGAUUAAAAUUGAAUUAUAACUUUUUCCAAGGGAUGAAAGUGUAACUUUACUAUUUUAUUAACAAGUAAUUUUACAAAUUUAAAGGAUCAAAAAGAGAAUUUAACAAAACCAAGGGGCCAAACCAAAGACUCCCCUGCCCCUGUAUAUGUAUAUAUUAGGGUGACUUCACCAUCUUUCCAUUUUUCCUUCACUUUGUCUUUGAUAUCAUCAACCAACCAUAAACUGCUUUUUGUCUCUUUAUUCAUUCAUCUCUAUCCCCAUCUCCCAUUUCUCUCUUCUUCUUUUUUCUUUUUCCAAUUAAAACUUUCCCUAAACCCACAAUAAAACAACACCAUGAGUCGUUUCUGGACUUUGCUCUCCAAUCUUCAUGCUUUAGCUGGGCCUGUGGUGAUGUUGCUGUAUCCCCUAUAUGCCUCAGUGAUAGCUAUAGAAACACCAGGGAAAGAAGAUGAUGAACAGUGGCUUGCUUAUUGGAUCCUAUAUUCUUUGCUAACUUUAACAGAGAUGGUGCUUCAAUCAGUCUUAGAGUGGAUACCAAUUUGGUACACAGUGAAGCUAGUGUUUAUGGCAUGGAUGGUAUUACCACAGUUUAGGGGGGCAGCUUUCAUAUAUGAAAGGUUUGUGAGGGACCAAAUCAAGAAACAAGGGUUUUUGAGAGAGAAUAAUAAUCAUAAGAGCCAUCAUCAUCGUAGUGGGAAUGCUAAUUCUCCAAAUGGGAAAGGAAAGAAGAAAUUUGUGCACUUCAUCGUCCCCAAGAAAGGGGAGCAAGAGGCUUACUGAGGGGGUGGCCAGUGGGUGUAAAUGACAAGUCCAUGUAAUUAAAAUAUGAUAUGAUAUACAAUCACUGUAGUGUACCAUACAUGGUUCAGCAUAUGAAGAAGUUGUUGACAAUUUCACUUUCAAGUUUCAGGUCAA